AUGAAUCUGGUCAUUUUGGGGAUAAUCUUCAUUGUAGCACUAGUGCUGCUUGCACUUUUGUAUUAUUUAGGGGUUUUUCUGAAGGUGAAAGUUGAGGUUAAAAGACCACCAUUUGCAGAAUGCACCUUUCUGUACAAAUUCUACCAGGGGCCUUAUAACACCUCUGGCAAAGCAUUUGACGAAGUUUCCAAGCUAGGGAAGAAAUUUUGUUGUGCUGGCAUCUAUUUUGAUGAUCCAGAAGUGGUGGCUUCAAAUGAAACAUGCUUUGCAGUUGGUGUCCUUAUUGAAAAGGAAAAGGCUACACAAGCUGAUACAUUGGAAGUAACCCAGACAAUGAAGGGUGUUGGGUACCACUCAAUUAAUUUUCCUGUAAUUGAGAAGGCAAUGUGUUCCACAUUCCCUUUCAAAGCCAAUUUCCUGUGCAUUUUGGUUGCAGUUUCAAAAGUUUAUCCAGCUCUGCGUGAUUACAUCAAGGAGCAUGGUAUAUCUCCUCACCCAUACAUAGAGUACUACAAGGGAGAUAAAAUAUUCUUUGUUGCUCCUUUGGAGAAGCACAUGGAAUUCUAUGUCCCAGAAUAUGAGGAAACCAAGAAUGAUCGUGAUGGCCAGUCUGAAAAAAGUGAAUGAUAGCUCAGUCUUGUUUGCUGCAUGAUGCAACAGAUGCACCAAUUGCAUAUAGAAUACUGCUAAAUGAUGCUUGCACGCUUUCAAGUUAAAAAGGCUAGAAGAAUAGAUGUUCUGUUGUGGCUUGGUUGGCCAAUAUUUAAAAAGCUUUAAACAUUAUAGGAUUAACCAUUAUGUGAUAUCUGAUACAUUUUGUCAUUUAAUGUAGAAUAAUUACCACAGCCUCAGGAGCUGCUGAAUUGUUUCACUGCUAAUAGCUGAAUAUUUUCUCAUUAAUUUUUGUAUAUUUGCCAUUGUGUUGUUAAUCCCCUUAAUUUGAACUGCAGCAGGUCAGCAGGACUACCAUGUUUCAGUUUUAUUAUUUGCUUAUUUUUCAGUAAGUGAGCAAAACUUCAAUUCAUUAUACUCCUUAUAAUUAGUGCAUUCAUUGUUUUAGAAAUAUUUUUGUUAGAAUUUGUA